UUUUGUUAUUUUGACUUAACUGAAUUGUGCUUCUGAUUAAUGGCUUGCAUCAUGAGAUCAUCCUUGGAUGACCAUCAUAAAAAUACAGAUUGUUGAGGGUUUAGGUUCUCAAAUUGAUCAUAACAUGUUAGUAAAAUAUGACACAGAUGAUCAAAGACCAAACAAAUUCAGUUUUGCUGAUUGCUUGACCACUGAGGAUGUUGUGGGUGUGGACGUCAGGGACAGCUGAAGAUGAGAUAUUGGAGGAAACCAAAUCCUGCGCCACAACAGCUAGCUAAAGAUUUGGUUCCGUCCAAAUCUCACAUUCAGCUUCCGAGGUUCUUGCAAGUUGCAACAUUCGGUGUCUGACACAUGAACAUGAGAUAUUGGAGGAAACCAAAUCUUGUCUCACUCUGCAGUCUGCAGCAAAGAUUUGGUCCCAUCCAACACUCAAAUUCAUCUGCCAAAUUAUCUGAUGUGGCUAGCCUGUGUAGACAGCUAUGAAGAUGAGAUGUUGGUGGGAACUGAACUCCUAAAGAAAUGUCUCGGACAUGGAAAAGUUCAGUUUCCUACAACUCUUACUUUCAGAGCGAACUCAUAUGUUUUGGCUUGGAAAACUCAGAGGUAUGGCUGGCCUUUUAUAGACCAGAUCAACAUCAGUUUACUGCUCUGCUCCAUUCUAAUAUUCCUCAGCAUGAGCUCUGCAUGCUCAGACCAGGAUUAUCCUUGCUAUGCCCUUGCAUUUCAGAUACUUUUACUCCCUGCAAACUGAGACCAGCUAAUUACAUGUACAAGGCAUUGUAACACAGAUUUGUUUCUGAAGAUUUAAUUCAAUGAGGAGAAUAAGAAUGGGACUGAAUCACACAGAUUGCUCGAGGCCAUGUUAGCGUGGAUCUGAGCUACUAUAUGGUGUAAUUCGUAUGAAGAUUGAAGAGUAUGUUACAUGGUACGGCGAUAGAAUAAGGCGAUACAGAAAACGGCAUUUUCUCCAUGUAAUAAUGAUCUAGAGGCUAGACUUAGCUUGUUGCAAGCAAAUAAGCCAUGGCCUCCAAGCAGAUGGUGUUUAUGAAUCAUGGAGAAGGGGAAACAAGCUAUGCUCGCAACUCCAGCGCCCAGGGUGGUCUGCAGAAGAGGAUGAAGCCCCUGAUAGAAGCAGCAAUAACGGACUUAUGCACCUUGUACCCCAAAAAGAUGGUGAUCGCGGACUUGGGAUGCUCCUCUGGCCCAAACGCGAUAGCACUGGUAUCGUUCGCCGUCGAGGCCAUUAACAACCACUGCGUUCAGCUCGAACAACCACCGCCGGAAGUGUGCGUGCUCCUCAAUGACCUGCCUGGCAACGACUUCAACGCGGUGGUGAAGGGCCUAGUCACGCUCUCUGAAAGCAACAAGCCUGGAUUAGUGACCGUGGGGAUCAUACCAGGGUCAUUCUACAAGAGGCUCUUCACUAGUGGCUCGGUGCAUCUUUUCUGCUCGUCCAACUGCCAGAAUUGGCUCUCAGGGGCUCCUGAAGAUCUAACGAGGAACUUGGUCCCCGCGUAUGAUGUUGAUGAGCAUGCUAGGAAUGAAAGACUCCACAUGGUCAGUGAGGCUUAUGCCCGUCAGUUCAGGAAAGAUUUCACACUUUACCUAGAGCUGAGAGCCAAGGAAUUAGUCCAAGGAGGCCGGAUGGUUGUUUCUCUGGUAGGGAAGAAUUCUGAUGAUCGCACUUCCCAGUUCCUUCACUUGUGGGAAAUGUUUGCUAAGAUUCUAUGUGCCAUGGCCUCAGAGGGCGUGAUCGACAGAGCAAAGUUUAAUUCUUUCUACGUGCCUCUGUAUGGACCUUCCGACAAAGAGAUGAGGGAGAUCAUCCAAGAAGAGGGCUCCUUUUCGAUCAGUGACAUGCGGGUGCACGACCGUUCAAGCAGUCUGAACAAUCCUAACACCACUGCAAGCUGGGUCGCCAACCAACUGAGAGCCGCGUUUGAGCCCAUAGUUGUGCAGCACUUUGGAGAAGUGAUGGAUGAAUUUGUGAGGACCGCCGAGAGACGCUGGAGCGUGGAGGGAAGCUUGGAGGAGGAGCUGGCGAGAUACCCGCGGGCACAGCUGGUCGUUUUGCUGGCCAAGAAGGCAUGAUGAUGUGCCAAGAAAGACAUUGCUUUUAAGGGAACAAUGUAUGUCAAAUAUAUGUGCCCUGGAUGUUCAGAUAUAUUGCACAAGCAAUUUCGAAUGAAACUAUCACUAAUAAUGAUUAGUAUCUCAAUGUUGCCCAUGAACUUGUUCGGCAGUUGUGAGUUCUUACUUGGAUAUACUAAAACAGAAACAGAUCAUCAGUUGGUU